AUGCGCGCGCGCUCGGCUCAGCUGCUCCGUCGGUCGCUCGCUCGGCCCCAUGUCGCGGCCGCGUGCUCGCGCGCGCCAUGGGACACGCGCGGCAGGCAGACGUCCGCCCGUGCGCCAUGGAACUGGUACGUCACGGCCGCCGCCGCCGCCGCGAUGACGACGAUGGUUGGACUCUGGCCGUCGCCGCCCAGCCGCCAAGAGCCAAUCAAAAGCCUCGAAACCGACGACGCAUCCCGUGGCUUCCCGGCCGACGACGCAGUUGAUGCGGCGGCGGGCGACGUGCGCGCGGACCUCCCGACGUAUUCGCUGGCGCACGUGCAGCAGCACACGGACGCGCACAAGGGCACGAGCACGUGGGUCGUCUACAGGCACGGGGUGUACGACAUUGCGCCGUUCGUGGCGUCGCAUCCAGGCGGUCCGAAGAUCCUAUUGGCUGCCGGCAAGUCCAUUGAGCCCUUUUGGCAGCUCUACGCCGCGCACAACCACAAGGACGUGCACGCGGUCCUCGAGACGCUGCGGGUCGGGAACCUCCACGCGGACGACGUGGCCGCGCUCGAAGCCGCGCGGCAACAGCAGUUUGGCGACGGCCCGUACAGUCGCGACCCCGUGCGCCACCCGGCGCUCAAGGUGAACUCGCACACGCCGUUCAAUGCCGAGCCGCCGCCGGAGCUCCUCAUGGAGUCGUUCCUCACGCCCAAUGAGUUGUUUUUCGUCCGCAAUCAUUUGCCGGUGCCGGACGUCGACGUGGCGACGUUUACGCUCGAGAUUGCCGGGCCAGGGGGCGCGGAGAAACCCUCGCACACAACGUUCACGCUGGACGAGUUGAAAACGAAGUUUCGACACCAUACGGUCACGACGACCAUACAAUGUGCGGGCAAUCGACGCGCGGAGAUGUCGCACGUGAAGCGCGUGAAUGGACUGAGUUGGGGCACGACGGCUCUGUCGACGGCCAAGUGGACGGGCGUACUGCUGGCCGACGUGCUCGCGAGUGUCGGUGUGACGGACGAAGAUGUGCGCGAUGGGCCGUGUGAGGCCGACGACGAACGCGGUGGCGGUAGCGCGUCCCUGAUCCAGCACGUGCAAUUUGAGGGACUGGACAUGGACACGGAGGGCAAUUGCUACGGCGCGUCGAUUCCGAUCUCGACUGCUCUGGAUCCGAGAAAAGAUGUGCUGCUCGCGUUUGAGAUGAAUGGCGAGCCCAUCCCGCGUGACCAUGGGUACCCUCUUCGUGCAAUUGUCCCGGGCACGGUCGGUGCUCGCAACGUGAAGUUUGUUCACCGCAUUGUGCUGUCGAGCGAGGAGAGCCCUAGCUUUUGGCAGCAGCGCGACUACAAGGGCUUUCCACCUAAUGUGGAUUACUCUCGUGACGACUUUUGGAAGUUUGCUGGUGAUUCGAUCCAGGAGCUGCCGGUCCAGUCGGCGAUCACCGAGCCAAAAGACGGCUCUGUUUGCUUUGUGGACGAUGCCUCUGACAGCUCUGUCGUGACUGUGAAGGGGUAUGCGUGGAGUGGCGGUGGUCGCAAUAUCAUCCGUGUGGACGUGUCGGUGGACGGCGGUAAGACCUGGACACCAGCUGACCUGCACGAGUUUGGCAAACGCCAAAAAUACAACCGUGCGUGGGCUUGGACUCCAUGGGAGCUCGAUGUGGAGGUUCCGCCAGGCACAAAGAAACUGGACAUUAUAUGCAAGGCUGUGGAUGCAAGUUACAACGUGCAACCCGACACCAUCGCUCCCACUUGGAAUAUGCGUGGCGUGCUAAACAGCGCGUGGCACAGGGUCCACGUCAUGGUAGAGGAGUCAAGCACGGAAGAUAAAGAUGACGAAGAUGACUUGGGUGCUUGA